AUGAACAAAGCAAAUCCUGUCUGUGGAACAUGUCGCCGCAAGAGUCGAAGAUGCGACCGAGGGAAGCCUUCCUGCCAGCGAUGUAUAUCCAAAGGACUACUCUGCGAGGGCUAUGAGACGAAGUUCAAGGUAUACGACGUCGCAAAAGGGCCGAAGAAAAGACGGGUAGCCGAACAGAGCAAGGUGAACACGGUGGGCAAGGCCAAAGAGCGGCUGUGGUCGCUCAAAAGGUCGUCGUCGCUAUAUAGGCCGCCGGGAAGAGACAGAAUUGAUAUCAUCUUAUGCGAAGCCCUGGUUGUCGUACGAGAUCCUAGGCUGAAUCCCUUUCGUCGAUAUGUCCUCCCGCUCGCACAUCAAGAUGCCAGCUUGUUGCACGCCAUCCUUGGCCUUUCUGCGUGUCACAUACCGGCUUCAGAGUUCCUUGAACACUCAUUUCUCCUGAAAGAGGAGUUUUUAGGGCUAAUCGAGACGGAGGAAGAUUUGACGCUUUCUAUAAUACUGUUACUACUACUGCAGGAUAUAUGUGAGACCGGAACGUCGUCCCACGGUACGCAUCUGAACGGUGUUGCAUUCUUGUGCUCGCGAAUUGCAUCUCGUAAAUCAGCGCAGAAUCAACUUCGCAACUUUCUCGUUUCAUCGCUAGCAUGCCUUCAAAUCAUGAUCGGAUGUCCCACUGAAAUCUUCCUUGUCCACAGCGAAGUACUUUGUGGCGGAAAGGCGUGGUUGGCGGGUCAGCUCCACCCUGUAGCAUUCCAAAGACGUCUGGAAGCACUGGAGCAGCAAUUACGAGACUUUGAUGUCACCACGGCGGACUACCCAUCAGAUGAUCCCAGCUGGGCUUCGCUUGCAGAAGCCUUCCGACACGCAACGCUACUGCGGAUCGCAAGGUUCCCAAAUUCAUUUUCGAUACCAUGCGACGCAGAUUUGAUCAAGAGCUCCGUGAGCGCAAUUCUAGACACAGCAGCCUCAAUACCUGUGGACUCCGCAAUCUACAAACGUCUAGUCUUCCCUCUAUUCAUGGCGGCAGUGGAGACGUCGUCGAAGCAUCAGCUACAUUAUGCUAGAAUUUGUCUGGAGAAUUGUAGGAAGGCAACGGAGAUCAAGCAGCCGGCCAUGUGCAACAUUCUGGACAAGGUAUGGGACGUUCGACAGAUUACGGAUGGUAAACGUAACGUGCCAUGGAUGGAAUACACGUGCUCUGCGCGUCUGCAAAGGCAACAUGAUUAUCUCUGUCUCUGA